AUGGGGCACUCAUGCAGCGGGCAGACCUGUGCGAUGUUGCUGAGCUUCCUGGCCUCAGCCCCGCUCUGGUCACCGGCCUUUGCCUCGUUGUGCCGUGAAGUGUGGUCCUCCUACGGUUGCGGAGCUGCCAGCCCGAAUGGAGGAUUUGCUUCAGACGGCCAUGUGCAGUUAGCCGCGACAGCCGAAGGGACAAACGUUUGCACAUCUGCUGCCUCUACAUGUUGCCAACAGAAGUCCUGUAACUUGAGCCCUUGCAGCCCUUGCACGCCUAUUACAUCUACAAGCUUGCUGCAGAAGUCGUCCGCCAGCCCGUCUGCGUUGGUUUUGGGUGGCGCGGGCCCAGGGAUGACAAUGGAAGACCCGAAGCUGGAGGAAAAUGGGCAAACGCUCCUGUACGUCCAUAUUCACAUGGCCAAGACGGCAGGGUCAUUUGUGAAUGGAGCAUUGGCCUUGAAGUACGAACGUGUGUGUGGGAAGAAAGGCUACUCGUACGAUGCCUAUCAGGCCAACCUGCGGUACUCAAGAAAUCUUUCUGGAGAUUCGAUCAGCAAACUUUUUCCGAAUUUCCACCGGCAGCGAGUUCCUUCAUGGGUUAUGAGCGACAUCGGCUACGAAGACUGUGACUGGCUGUCGCAAGAAUCACGCUGGCAGUUUUGGAGGAAGUUUCAUGACUGGACGGUUGAGUUCCACCUCCCUUGUCGAGAUCCUAUUGAUCACUUGCUGUCCAUGUGCAACCACAAGCAGAGAGUUUUCAAUUGCCGCAGCAGCGACUUGAUAGACCAGGUUGAGAGUUGCAGACUGGGGCAAGACAGGUUUAGUGACGAGCUGAAUUCUUCCAGCGACUUCCCCAAUGCCAGACUCAAGUGCUACAACAUGUCGAUGACAUCCACCUACAUCGAGUACAUGGGCACUAUUCUCCAGAAGAAGAGGCGCCAAGCCGAGUAUCUGUAUCGUCCAACAAAUGAGCCCAGGGACAUGAGCACGGAGUGCUUGCUGUACAACGCGACGGCCAGAGCCAUAGUGGAAAGGUACAUGAAGGCGCAGCCAUAUUAUGCAUUUUGUGACCAGUGCCUGGAUUCAGAGCAACAUCUUCUUCGUGCGCAGAUGACCACGACAACGACAACCGUGGGGUUGAACUCUGGCCUAACGCAUGCGUCCACGAGCAGUGCUCGGAACGAUACCAUCCUGUAUGCCCAUGUUCAUGUGGAGGAGACUGAAAGCUCGCACGUGAAUGAAGCGCUCUCCUUGAACUACGAGCGUGUGUGUGGGCACAGGGGCUAUUCGUAUGAUGCUUAUCAGGCCAACCUCCGGGACGCGACAAACCUUUCCGACAGAGACUCUUUCAUCAAAUUCUUGUGGUGGCCGCCGCAGCAUCCGCCUGCCGAAGUGCUGGGAGCAAAUGCCUUGAACAAGAGGCGCCGGCUUGUCUUCAAGCAGGGCGAGAAACGGCACCAGCAGCGGAAGGGCUUGAGUCACGGCAAGGACGCAAAGUACAGAGAUGCGAUCAGCAGACUUGACAGCAAAUACUCCAGACAUCAAGUUCCUGAAUGGAUUAUGGAUGAGAUCGGCUACGAGGACUGCGACUGGCUGUCGCAAGAAUCACGCUGGCAAUUCUGGAGGAGGUUUCAGAACUGGACGGUUGAGUUCCACCUCCCUUGUCGAGAUCCUAUUGAUCACUUGCUGUCCAUGUGCAACCGCAACAUGCCACCACUGGACUGCAGGGGCGAUUUGGUGACUCAGCUUGACAGCUGCAUCAAGGCCUGGAGGGGCACGACGGGCACGAUUACCGACAAGCUGAGUUCCGAUGAGUUCCCUUAUGCCAGGCUAAGGUGUUAUAACUUUUCAAUGGCAUCCAAUUACAUCGAUUACAUGAGCACUCUGCUUCAGAAGAAGAAGCGUCAGGCAGAGCAUCUAUAUCGUCCAACAUUUGAGCCUAGAGACGUGAGCACGGAGUGCUUGCUGCACAACGCGACGGCCAGAGCCAUAGCGGAGCAGCACCUCAAGCAGGUGCCGUACUACGCAUUUUGCAGCCGAUGCCUCGGCUCAUGGCGGGAUCUCCUUCGGUGA